CAGCACUCAGUGUGUUCACAUCAUGUAGACAACAGUGGAAGCAUGGCUGCGCUGCAGAGAAAUUCAUCUGGAGAAUUGAAACGGGAUUAAAGAGGAAUGCUGAUCAAUUAGAGAGGAUGUAAAUCUCAUCAGAACCUCCAUCAUGGACUUUCUCAGACUGCUUAAGACCUAUGGAAAGGAAAGGAGUGAAGGGAACCAGUGUCCAUGCAGCCUGGAGAAGGUGACUCCUUUGUGGACUGGGACAAGUUCAGAAGUGCUGGGAUAAAUCGGGUUCUCUGCAUUAGACUGAAGAGCUGCUUUGAAUGGGACUUUCAUACCAGAGACCAGAGAGGAACAGGAAUCGCUCUACUCAGAAUUCACUGCAGCUUGUUCCUCUUCCUAACCAGAACCUUCCAGCCUGGAUACACGUGAGAAGGUCAGAUGGCCACACUUUGGGUUUCCCAAUCUUCUCAAUCAGUUCAGAUUAAAUGAGCUUCGCUGCUGCUUAACAAACUGGCAGAGAUGACCCAAAACUUCAGCUCCAGAAUUGAUACCCCGACCAACAUCUCCCUGAGCUCCACCGUCGCUGUCUCCGACUCAUUGGAGUAUAAGACCAUUUCUGUGUUCCUGGUCCUGUUGGUGUGCUGUGUGGGCAUCGUGGGGAACAUCAUGGUGGUCCUUGUGGUGUUCACGACCCGCCACAUGAGGACGCCCACCAACUGCUACCUGGUGAGCCUGGCCAUAGCUGACCUAACGGUGCUGGUGGCAGCAGGGCUCCCCAACGUGUCCGACAGCCUGACAGGGACCUGGAUUUAUGGAAACGCUGGCUGCCUGGGGAUCACCUACCUUCAAUACCUGGGAAUCAACGUGUCGUCAUGCUCCAUCACUGCGUUCACUGUGGAGAGGUACAUCGCGAUCUGCCACCCCAUCAAGGCUCAGACGGUGUGCACGGUGUCACGGGCUAAGCGGAUCAUAGCAGGGGUCUGGAUCUUCACCUGCAUCUACUGCAUGCUGUGGUUCUUUCUGGUGGACAUUCAGGUGGGACACGACGGACACGUGCAGUGUGGCUACAGAGUGAAGCGGGAGCUCUACCUCCCCAUCUACCUCAUCGACUUCACCAUCUUCUACGUCACCCCGCUGCUCCUCGCCAUCGUGCUGUAUGGCCUGAUAGCGCGGGUGCUCUACCUCAGCUCUCUGCCGAACUACAGUGAAGCCGGCGCCACCACGCUUCGAAGGAGCUGCCGGGACACGUCAGAGGCAGCACGGACAGGACGUCAGGGGCGGCCCAAGACGGCUGUCUCCUCCAGGAAGCAGCACUCUUCCUCCUCAGCCCUGAGGACAGAACUAAUGCCUUCUUUUCAUGGGGCUAAAACCUUUCAUGGAGGCAGCGCUCAAAUAGGGACAAAGAGAGAGCUUUCACUGUGUCUCAGGGACAAAUGGUUCUGUUUUCUCUUUACGCCCAUUUUCACCUGAGAGGGUUACAACCAAUUUAGUUUUACCUCAGGAUGAUGUUUGUGUCCAAAUGUAGUUUUUGGGGUUAAAAAUCGAAUGCUAUAAUCUUCUGAUUUUAUUCAGGAUUGUUAAGUA